AUGUCCGAAGUUGACCUGAGUCUCUCUCGUAAAGUAAAAGAUGUGGCAGCUGGCUUUAUUGGGGGAGCCACACAAGUUCUAAUUGGUCAGCCUGCUGAUUUGGUUAAGAUUAGAUUACAAACAAGUUCAGCAUCCACCACCACGGUUCAAGUGAUCAAGAAUGUUAUUAGGAAUGAAGGAAUCUUGGCUUUCUAUAAAGGAACAUUACCUCCAUUGGUAGGAGUAGGAGCUUGUGUAUCCUUACAAUUUUAUGGGUUCCAUGAAACCAAACGAUAUCUUCAGACCAAGAGCAAGAGUCAACAUAUCAAUUUAUGGCCCCAGACAUUUAUUUGCGGUGCCAUGGCAGGAGUUGUCAAUACACCAGUGACGUCUCCUAUUGAGCAGUUACGUAUUAUCUCUCAGGUUAAUGAUAAGAACGUCAAGUUGAAUUGGACAAAUACCAUCAAACAUAUCUAUGAAGUUGCUGGGAUACGAAAGGGGAUUUAUAGAGGUUGGAAUAUUACUUUACUAAGGGAAAUCCAAGCAUAUGGAGUUUGGUUCACAACGUAUGAAUACUUGAUUAGUAAGUGGAUUCAUUACUUCCAUUAUGAUUCAAGAUCACAGAUCCCCACGUGGCAAUUGCUCGUUAGUGGGGCUAUAGCUGGAGAUGCUCUUUGGCUCUUUUCGUAUCCGUUGGAUGUCAUCAAGUCUAAUGUUCAAUCUGAUAAGUUCGAAGGUGGGAAAUUCAAUGGUAGUGCUUUGAAGGCUACUAAGUAUAUUUGGGAAACCAGUGGUAUCCGAGGUUUCUGGAGAGGUAUUGCACCAUGUUUAAUAAGAGCUAUCCCAUGUUCUGCUGGUACUUUUGCUAGUGUAGAAUUAGCAUUGAGAUUAAUGGGUUAA